UACAAUCCAAUCCACGCGUAAUAACAAACUCUUCCCAUUCAACGUGGCUAGCCCGCAAAAUCAUAGAUCCCUUCCCUUUCCCGGUAACACAGAUUCUCUCUCUCUCUGAUCGACUCAACUGUACAUCCACAUCUGAGUAUCCCCCUUCAGACACAGAGAUUUCACAUUCAACAAACAAAUUUACACCCAUAUAUCAUUGUGGAAAUGAAGGAUGAUGAAUCCAUACCAGUUUCAACACCUACAACACAUUCAUCAUCAAAUACAAUUUCAACAUAUUCGAAGAAUUCCACAUCUGAUGCCACAAUAUUCGGUCGUGGUCGGUACAAGUUCUGGGCAUUAGCCGCUAUUCUUCUGCUAGCAUUUUGGUCAAUGUUUACUGGUACUGUUACUCUCCGAUGGUCCGCCGGCAACCUCAACGGUCUCUCCGAUUACUUCAAUGUGCCUCUCUCCGAUAAUCUCGACGUCAUCGAAAUGGAAGAGAGGGAGAAGUUGGUGAAGCAUAUGUGGGAUGUGUAUACUAAUACUCCUCGGAUCAGAUUGCCUAAGUUUUGGCAGGAGGCAUUCGAGGCGGCCUAUGAAGAGUUAACCAGUGACCUUGCUGAUAUUCGAGAGGCUGCUAUCUCUGAGAUCUCUAAGAUGUCUCUCCGAUUUGUUCAUAUGGAGCCACCACCUCUGCGUUCAUUGGCAGUAAGAGAAUUAAGUCAAAAACAAGCUGAGGACAAACAGAGGACUGCAAAAGGAAUUUGGCUAAGUGCAGUCCUUAUGGAGGAAAAUAAAAGAGAAGAAAAAAGGGGACCUGAUUAGCUGAAUAAACUUAGCUUUGACAAGCUGUGUACACAUAAAGAAGAAUGGUACAGUCAAUCUUGAAACUUAUU